CCUCAGAAGGCGGAAAAGCCAGUUGGGGAAACGUCCCGUUGCCUGCCCAGUUAGUGGACUGGGUGGCUGCUGGCCUCCUCCUGGCCCCCGGCCAUGGCGUCGGAGGGGCCGCGGGAGCCCGAAGGCGAGGGCAUCAAGUUAUCAGCAGAUGUCAAACCGUUUGUUCCCAAAUUUGCUGGGCUAAAUGUGGCAUGGUCAGAGUCCUCAGAAGCAUGUGUCUUUCCUAGCUGCGCAGCCACAUACUAUCCAUUUGUUCAGGAACUACCAGUGACUGAACAGAAAAUAUAUACUGAAGAUCUGGCCUUUGGAGCUUCAACUUUUCCACCUCAGUAUUUGUCUUCUGAUAUAACUAUUCAUCCGUACACCUAUUCUCCUUUUACCCUUGAGUCUGCACAAAAUGUUUGUUCAGUGCCUGGCUCCCGGUAUGAUUAUAACCGACCUAAGUGUUACCCAGCUUUUCAAACUGCCAAGCCCCGUAAUGAGCGCAUGAGCCCUCUCCCACAAGAAACCAAAAGUCUUUUUAAGAAAAAAACAUACGAAGAGAAAAAAACAUAUGAUGAGCAAAAAUUGAACACUAAGCGGGUUGAUGGAAGUAUAUCAUUGGUGAAUUCUCCUAAAGAUUCCCAUCAUAUAUCCAUUCAUGCUGAAAAUAGCUUGAAAUCAGAUGGCUGUCAUAAACGAACAGACAGGAAAUCCAGAAUCAUUGAGAAAGGUGGAUCUACCUCCAAACCUGAGUUCGAGUUUAGCAGGUUGGAUUUUCCUGAACUGCAGGGUGCAAAGAACAAUGAUAUAGCAGAGAUACCAAAGCAACCCAAAUGGGGCCCUUUACGCUCCACUACGACCGACAUUUCUCUCUUAAGAGAAGUAGGAAAACCACCUGCAGCAUUAGCAGAGGGUGAAAUAAUGGCGAAGAAUAAAAAUGCAGCUGAACCUCUAACUGAAAAUACUGCUGCCAAUUCCCCUUCGUGUACAAGAGAGUUAUCUUGGACACCAAUGGGUUAUGUUGUUCGGCAGACAUUAUCUACAGAACUGUCACCAACCCCUGAAAAUGUUACUUCCAUGAUAAACCUAAAGACAGUUGCUUCAUCAGCAGAUCCCAAUAAUGUUAGAGCAUCAUCUUCUGAAGUUUUAUCUUCCAGUCCUUCCUACAACAAAGAAAAACACAUUGUUAGUCCUACUACAAAGUCUAAAGCAUCACAAGGGGGUGACCCUGAACAAAAUGAAGCCUCACGAAAGAAUAAGAAAAAGAAAGAAAAGUCCAGAUCAAAAUAUGAAAUCCUGACAGUUCAAGAGCCGCCAAGGAUUGAAGAUGCUGAAGAAUUUCCCAAUCUGGCAGUUGCAUCUGAAAGAAGAAGCAGAGUAGAGUCACCAAAAUUUCAAUCUAAACAGCAGCCACAGAAUAAUUUUAAAAACAGUGGAAAGAAGAGUCAGAUUCCAGUACAGUUGGAUUUGGGGGGAAUGCUGACGGCCCUGGAAAAGAAGCAGCACUCCCAGAAUGCAAAGCAGUCCUCCAAACCGGUGGUGUUCUCAGUUGGUGCAGUGCCAGUCCUUUCCAAAGAAUCUGCAUCAGGGAUGAAGAACCACCGCUUAAACCAGGUGAAGACCCCUCAUAACCCUUUGGACUCCAGUGCUCCAUUGGUGAAGAAAGGGAAGCAGAGGGAAGUUCCCAAGGCCAAGAAACCAACUUCGUUGAAGAAGAUUAUUUUGAAAGAACGGGAAGAGAGGAAGCAGCAGCGUCUCCAAGAAAAUGCUGUAAGCCCAGCUGCUGCCGGUGACACUGUGCAGGAUGGAGAGAGCGGUGGUGAUGAGCAGCCACUCGAGCAGGUGGAGCCCUCAGCUCCAGGGGGAACAGAAGAAUCCAUCUGUUCUGCUCAUUUCGUGGAAAGCAAGUCAGAAGAGCCUCUCAGAACAGAGCUUCAGAGCGAUGCAGAGCCUUGGCACCCCGGCCCCGACGUGGCCAGCCUCCCGAAGAUUCACAGUCGCAGGUUUAGGGAUUACUGCAGCCAGAUGCUUAGUAAAGAAGUCGAUGCUUGUGUUACGGAUCUUUUAAAAGAACUGGUACGUUUCCAGGACCGUAUGUACCAGAAAGAUCCAGUCAAGGCUAAGACCAAACGCCGACUCGUGUUGGGGCUGAGAGAAGUUCUCAAACACCUGAAACUCAAGAAAUUAAAAUGCAUCAUCAUUUCUCCCAACUGUGAGAAGAUACAGUCCAAAGGUGGACUGGAUGACACUCUGCACACCAUCAUUGACUGUGCCUGUGAGCAGAACAUUCCAUUUGUGUUUGCACUCAAUCGCAAAGCUCUGGGACGCAGCCUGAACAAAGCUGUUCCCGUCAGUGUGGUGGGGAUCUUCAGCUACGAUGGGGCCCAGGACCAGUUCCACAAGAUGGUUGAGCUGACAAUGGCAGCCCGCCAGGCGUACAAAGCCAUGCUAGAGAACACGCAAAAGGAGCUGGCAGGAGAGCCUGGGCCUCCUUCCCCUCCCAGUCCACCCACACUGGGCCCAAGUUGCUCUGCAGAAGCUCCCAGUGGAAACGAAGAGCCUCAGUACAUUCAAAUCUGGAGAAAACAUCUGGAAGCAUAUAAUCGAUGUGCCCGGGAACUAGAAGAAUCUUUAGAGGCUUCAGCCUCUCAAAUGAUGAACUUGAAUUUAUAGGAAGGAGAGGUCUUUGCGUGUGCUUUCUGUGUUUGUGUGCAAGGAAUGCAGAAUCCAUCCUCAUAAGCUACAUUUCCCCACAGAACACCACGUAUUACAGUAACUGCAUGUGUGUAAUUGUUUGGGUUUUGUUGUUUUUGUUUUUGUUUUGAGCAUGAGCACUUUGAACAAGUGUUCUGGCUAAAUCUAGACUUGAGGGGAGUUUUAUAGCGACAGCACCGAAAUAAAGGGCCCAAAGCUUAGAGCAUUCACCCAGUAGCUCGUAAUGGUUGAUGCCACACUCCAAGCAGGAACCACGGUGAGAGCUGGUGAAGGUUUUGCUGAAGAACAUAUUACAAGCACAAGAUGGUUCUGUGAGCCAGACCAGCCACAAGGCGGGGGGAGUCGAGAGACAGACCAAAGCCAGGGAGGCUUUAACCUGGAAGUCAGGCAUCUUUUACUUCAUACCCUCACCCACUUCUUCAGCAUGCCUUGUCAUUAUGGAACCUUGAAGUGACUGGCAGGAAAAUGUGUACUGAUCCCCUACAAAGACCACUUCCAAGAGAGUGGGGUCUGGAAAUUGGCCCAUGAGACCAUAAGGCUGAGACACAUUCCAUUUUUUAACAGGAAUCACAGCUUUAUUUUUAAUACAAGUUUUGAUUUUAUAAUAGAUUUGAAAACUGUCACUGCCAAACAAGAACAGACAUGGCUGCAAGAAAAAGUCACAGGCUGAACAGCUGUGGGUCUGGGCCUCGGCCUCCCACACACAACGUCAGCCUCCAGAGGCACAGCCAACAGUGGCCUUAAUACAGGGCUCCAAACUGCCUCAGACCCUUGUGAGGGAAGGUUAAUACGGCACCAGGAGACUUGCAUAAUUAACCUGUUCAAUUUUUCUACCUCAAACAGGCUCGGCGUCCAGUUGCUGAAGCUAAGAGUCAGUAGGGGAUACACUCAAAGGCACAAACCAUAGCGUCUCCUACCUAACACAUAGAACCAAAUAUUCUGAGAUUAGUGGAGAACAACACAAAGAAUUCUAAAAGUCCUCAUUUUAGCUCCCAGUGUGGACCUCACAAUCACUCCAAGGUUUAAAGCAAAAUAUUUUCAUUUGGAGUCUCACCCCAGUGGUGCCCCUUAGUAUAAAGUGUCUACAUUUGAAGGUGGGAAGGAGGAGCAGGCUUGGUUUAUUUCAGUAAAACCAGUCAUCAAGAGGACUAUGCUAACUUUUUCAUGGGCAGUUCAGGGAGAGGCCACUUCUGAAAACUGAAAUCAAUCAGAUCACGUAGGAACGAUGGUUAAAGCAUAACGAAGCUUCCUGGGAAAGUGACCACGCACAUUGCUGUUUGAGCAUCGUGAGCAUUCCUUUCCAUUUGUGGCCUGUUAAGUGUCUUGGUGACCUGGUUCUGCCAGACAGACCCUUCUGUCGUGUAUAAGCAGUUGAUUAAAAAAAUAAUAAUGUUAACGGGUUCCUGUCCACGGGGUGUCCAGGCAGAUCCUCUGUUUCUCCAGGGGCCCAGCUUCUUGGAGAGAGUGGUCUGCGCCAGUGUGCUCCUGGGCACAGAGCAGCAGGGAGCCCAGGCCCUCAGACUAGCCAACAGCUCUCUCAGGGGUCUCUCCCAGGGGGCCACAGUGCAGCAGGGUUUGCUCAAGGUCCAUGUCAGCAACGGGCUCCUGGUGGCUAAAAGGUGUCCUUGUGGCAGCUUUCCUAAAAGAGCAAUGCUAUCUUAGAACUCUUGGCAAAACAGUUAGACCUUUCCUCCUUUUUAGACUGAUAUCCCUACACAGAGCUCAGCUCAGUUACUGUGGUGGACAGCAGUAGUAGAGGCCUCAGUCUGUUCUGGGACUCUCCCCCUUGAGCUCUAAAGGUCAAAGCAGUCAGAAGCAGUUUCCCAUGGGUGAAGGGAGACAAAAGUGGCAGCAGGUUCUUAGUGACCUGCUGGCCCUGUUCUCCAAGCAAGCACUCUAUCUGGCGAGACCCCUCAUCCCAACACUCCCCGGGAGGUAGGGAGACUUUGUG